AAUUUUUUUCUCACUUUGUAUCCCUUUCGUUUUUCAUGCUAACGAGGCUUCUCAUCAGCAAUUAUCAACGUUUCUUCAAGCAAAUUAAUUUCGUUAAUCGUGAACAAUUUUGUCGAAAUCAUUGUAACACCAUGUCUAAAACUGCUUUAAUUCUUGCUGCCAAUGGAUCUGAAGAGAUGGAAUUAGUAAUUACCGGUGAUGUCCUUCGUCGAGCUGGUAUUGAUGUGACCAUCGCUGGCUUAGAGGGAUCUGGUCCGAUCAAUUGUUCUCGGAAGGUUGUCAUUGUCCCUGACAAAGCUCUUACCGAUGUCUCUUCAAGUGAAUUUGAUAUCGUCAUAUUACCAGGAGGUCUCGGUGGAGCUGAGGCUUUUGCGAGUAGUUCAGCUGUUGGGGAAUUGUUGAGAAAACAAGAAGCUGCUGGACGUUGGAUUGGUGCCAUUUGUGCUGCUCCGAUUGCUCUUAAAAGCCAUGGUAUUGCUCUGAAGAAACGUCUUACAUCUUGGCCUGGUAAAGAGUCAGAAUUGAUUGACAGUUAUGCUUAUCAACAAGAGAGAGUUGUUGUUGAUGGUAAAUUGAUUACAAGUCGAUCUCCUGGAACUGCAUUCGAAUUUGCUCUUGCAAUUAUCGAACAGCUAUUGAAUAAAGAAAAGGCCGACGAGGUCGGAAAACCGAUGUUGGUCAACCUUUAAUUGACCAAUAAUUAACAAUGGAACCAAAAAAUCAGUUGAAUCUGAAAACAAUCAGCUUUUAAUGAACUUACUAACAAUGUAACAAUUGAAAGAAUUUUUUUUUCCAAUUUGCUAAUAAAUUAGUUUUCAUCAUUCAAA